UGCAGAUUGAUUAUGGAGAGGUGUACGGGAUUUUCCCAUAUUUGCGGAGAAAAUGUCCGUAUUUCCGAAGGGAGAUAUAAAGCAUCCUGGGAUCAGCGAUACUCUGGGGGCAUCUUCUUCAGUGACCAACCUUUACGUCCUUCUGAUCCUAAGCUUCGGCUACAACUAGACGGUAGUAGCCAUGUCGAUAUCGGUGUCACGCAAACUGCCCCCAACUCGUUCCGUGGCCCAGAACAAGUGCGGCAACUGUAUCUAAGCGACAGGUGUAGCAUCAUCAAUAACAUUAGAGUUCAUAGAAAGGCAUGUGAGGUGUUUGUUCAAAACCUUGGGAACAAGGUUGUUUCUCCCUACGGAGACAAGACUUUCGGAGUCUCAAUUGAUUCCAAGCAGGAUGUAUGGCUCGUUGUUUGUAUCAAAUUUGGGAAUGCCACAUUCAACAUCGAUCCACCUUCUAAGUUCCAUGAAGUCACUGGUGACAAUGUUGAAUUUGAGGGAACAAGCAAACACACAGCCAAACUGAAAGUGUACCAGUAA